AUGGCCUCCCCCGAACUCACCGCGGCUUUGGAGUCGGUCGCAGAUGGAUCCUCCGCUGUCAAGACCCGAACAUACAAUGACCUCCUCUCCCAAUUGACCAGCCAUCCACCCGCUUCAGCUGAACAGCAUGCGACAGAUCUGAUCGCCUACGUCGAUGCCAUCCUUUACUCGGGCCUGGGGAUCAUCACCAUCCGGCCGCUUCUGGCAAGCCUCGUCAAGUCUCUCAGCAGCGCCCCGUCAGAGGUCAAGGUCAAGGUGGGCUCACACAUCGCGGACGCCUUGCAGUCCCAGUUAGCUUCGUACGAAGAGCAGGAUGCAGCUGUGAGGGAGAUACUAGCCGACGGCUACGAAGCGGAGGAAGAGUACACGGCGGCCGCAAAGGCGCUACAGGGCAUCCAUCUGGACACCACCCAACGCCAGGUAUCGGAUCGGUCGAAGGUAGAGACAUGGAUUCGGAUAGUGAGAUACUACUUGGAGGACGAUGAUACAGUAGCAGCGGAGACGGCACUGAACAAGAUCAAAAAUUCGGCAGCAGCGGCCCAAGUAUUGAAGGAGGCACCAGACAUGAGAUUACACUACCAAUUGUCGCAAGCCCGGAUUCUGGACUCUCGACGAGACUUCCUGAAUGCAUCUGUCGAGUAUCUCAAUGUGUCGUUCAAUUCCAUGAUCGAUGACGAAGAGCGUCGGCGCGCACUCUCUGCCGCCAUCAAGACAGCAAUUCUCGCUCCCGCCGGUCCUCAGCGAAGUCGGCUGCUGGCCAAGCUGUAUAAGGACGACAGGUCGCCGGAGACGGAGGAAUAUGGGAUCUUGGAGAACAUGUUUUUGGAUCGCCUGCUGUCUCCCGCCGAGGUUGAAGCCUUUGCUUCCACCCUAGCACCGCAUCAGCUGGCCAAGACAGCGGAUGGAAGUACCGUCCUCAGCAAAGCCGUCAUCGAGCACAACCUCUUAGCCGCCAGUCGACUUUACGAAAAUAUCACCACGGCUGCUUUGGCUCGAAUCCUAGGUCUUACAGAUGGUAAAGAGAAUACGGCUGCCGAGAAGGCCGAGGACUAUGCGGCGAGAAUGGUGGAACAAGGUCGGCUACGAGGCGAAAUUGAUCAGAUCGCCGGUGUGAUCAUGUUCGAGACGAUUCCGGAAGUCGAGUUGAACGGUCCUAUUCGCGAUCUGCGGGCUUGGGAUUACGCUGUCCAGGGGCUGGUGGAAGACGUGGAACGGUGUGCCGCCGGGUUGAGCGAGGCCUUUCCACAAUUCGCGGACGGGCAGAUGGUCCAUUGA